UCAAAUGACACAGAGGAAUGACAGUCAUUGUGGCGAGGGCUGCUGGCCUGACUCACGCUGCCACCUGGUCCUCAUAAUCUGCUCUGGACUCCUGGAUUACAGGGCUGUAGAUCGCUGCUUCACAACAGCUAUUCGCAGCGAACGUUUGGCUGUUUGCUCUCGAUGGAGGAGUCUGAACCCCUGCUGGCCGCUGCGGCACAGCCCAGGCGGGUGAUCGGACACGCCGCAUGGAGCGGCCCCUUUCCUGAGUCGACGGUGGUGGAAGAUUUCAGGCGUAGGCUCAAGUAUUACUUCAUGAACCCCUGUCAGAAGUACAGAGCCAGAGGGCGAAAGCCCUGGAAACUGAUGCUGCAAAUAUUGAAAAUUGCAAUCAUCACAGUCCAGCUGGUGUCUUUCGGUCUGAGUAAUGAAAUGAUGGUCACAUUCAAAGAGGAAAACCUCAUGACCUUCAGACAUCUGUUCCUCAAAGGAUACAAAGACAACUGGCAGGGAAGCCACGCUAUUUACUCCCAAGCUGAUCUGUACGACCACAUCUACUAUCUGAUCUCCAGGUACAGUCAUCUCCAGAACCUGACAGUGGGGAAUCUGGCGUACGAGAGGGUCGGCGGCACGUUCACGCCUCUGACCGUCUGCAAAGUCCUGUACAGGAAGAGCAACGUGGAUCCUGGGAACGAUACGUUCGACAUCGACCCACACGUCGAGAAAGAUUGUGUUUCCAUAUAUUCUGCAUCGUCGGGAAACAACAAGACACACACCAACUUCUAUUUAGACUUCAAAAGGCUGCUAUCAGUCAACGUCUACCUGACUCUGAAGACUGUCAACCUGCAGACUGUCAGGCACCAUGAACUUCCAGAUUGCUACGACUUCCAUAUCACAAUAAUAUUCGAUAAUCGAGCGCACAGCGGGAAAAUAAAGGUUGAUGUAAAAAAUCAAGUGAGGAUCUACGAAUGCAGAGACUGGAACGUGGAGGGAAACUCUGGAAAGAUUGAUUAUCUCCUGGUCUUGUUUGAUACUGUGGUCAUCGUGGCGUGCUUCACCUCCCUCAUCCUCUGCUCUCGGUCUGUCAUCAAGGGGAUCCAACUCCAGUUUGAGUUUUCUCGGUUCUACCACACCUUCUACAACAAAGUGGUGUCUUUGUCGGACCGGCUGGAGUUCGUGAACGGCUGGUACAUCCUCAUCAUAGCCAGCGAUGUGCUGACCAUGGCAGGGUCGCUGAUGAAAAUUGGGAUUCAGACAAAGUUUCAGUCCAACUAUGACAUUUGCAGCAUCUUGCUGGGAACAGCAACAAUGCUUUCAUGGGUCGGCGUCAUUCGCUACCUUGGCUUCUUCAAAAAAUACAAUAUCUUAAUCCUGACCCUGAGGGCGGCGUUUCCUAAUGUCAUCCGUUUUUGCUGCUGUGUGGCGAUGAUCUAUCUCGGGUAUUGCUUCUGUGGCUGGAUCGUCCUUGGACCUUACCAUGACAAGUUCCGCACACUGGGCAAAGUGACAGAAUGCCUCUUCUCCCUCAUUAACGGAGAUGAUAUGUACGCCACCUUUCUGAAAACUCGAGACAACUGCUACAUGGUUUGGCUCUUCAGCCGGCUCUACCUCUACUCCUUCAUCUCCCUGUUCAUUUACAUGGUUCUCAGCUUGUUCAUUGCUCUCAUCACCGACACCUAUGAAACCAUCAAAGUUAGUAUGUUCAUCACCAGAAAGACAAGGAAUCUGUGUCCCAGCUUCACAUCUUCAUGGCAGAAUGCAGAGACCAGCCGGAGUCUGGAAAAUACCAGACGGACGUGGAGCCUUCCACCUGCUGUGUGUCUCCAUGUGGCUGCUAUGGAUGAUGUAGUUACAGGCAGACAUACAUGCGCAAUAAUCAAUAUCAUCUUUUUUCUGAAUCAUCAAUUGUUUUGGAGAUAAACAGUUAAACCACCUCA